AUGUCGGAAGUGAGUUUCAGUAACAGCAGAAGUUUUGGCAGAAUAAUUUCACCUCCGUCUGUGACUCAGUUAUUCGCUUUUCUUCCUCAAAGCUGUCUGCUCUGUAGCUGUGCACGAUGGGUCUGCAGUGGACAGCUGUAGCAUCGUUCCUCUACACUGAGGUGUUUCUUGUGCUUCUGCUGUGUAUUCCCUUCAUCUCCCCCACACGAUGGCACAGACUCUUCAAAUCUCGUCUUGUAGUUACUGUUACAGCAUACGCAAACACAACCUUCAUUUUUAUUAUCGCCGUCCUGAUCUUUCUUCUGAUUGAUGCAUUCAGAGAAGUAAGGAAGUACAGUGCAGCAGAGAAGUUCGAUCUAUCCAAGAACCCUGCAGCCGUCGAGCACGUCUACAUGAAGCUGUUCAGAGCUCAGAGGAACGAGUACAUUGCAGGCUUCGCUCUGCUUCUCUGCUUGCUGCUGCGACGCCUGACCAGCCUCCUCUCCCAGCAGGCUUCGCUCUUGGCAUCCAACGAGGCAUUCCAGAAACAAGCCGAGAGUGCAAGUGAUGCUGCCCGCAAGUACUUAGAAGAGAAUGAGAAGCUGCAUGAGAAGCUAAAGGAGGCAGGACAGGAGGUUCCCGAGGCUGGUAGCAAGGUGAAGGGCGGUGUAGAGGAGGAGUACAAGGCCCUGAAGCAGGAGGUCAAGCAGCUAAAGGAUGAGCUGGAUGCUACCAAGAAAGCUCUCCAAAAGUCAGAUGGCGAUGUGAAGGCUAUGAAGAAGCAGGCUGAGAAUCUCACAGUGGAGUACGAUCGUCUGCUGGAGGAGCAUUCCAAAUUACAGGCCACUCUCGACUCCCAGCAGGACAAGAAAUCAGAUUGAAUGAGUUACCAUCACGACCCUUAGUCUUGCUUUUUCAUCCAGAUUCACACAUUACGUCCAGUUGCUGAAGUGUUCUGUACAGGAUUUGGGAGUGACCUGGUCCUGUAUGCUUUACUUUUAGUAGCGCUGUGUUUGGGGUUUUUUGUUUGUAUGACAUGGCUUUUUUUCUGCUGUUUGUGCAUCAUAUAUUUUCAGGAUUGGUGUUUUGCAUAAUGUUGAGAAACUUUGACAAAUGGUGGAAAAUUCUGUUCAGAUGGUGACAUCAAAUAUCUUUAAAAAGUUAGGUAUUGAAUGUGGAGGUUCUUUCAGUUCUCUUUUAGUUGGUUUUGUCUUGAUAGAAGACAGCUGAAUGAGUCGUGUUCAGCAUGUCAUUGUUAAAAUAUAGUUAUGAAAUUGUAUUAAUGGUAAAUACACAGCGUUUGGUUAUUUCUAUUGUGUGUUCACUGAAUCACCCGGUUUACUUCUGCAUUCAUUUUAAUCACAAUUGUUUACUUGUUCUUUUCGGUUCUCCCUUUCAGUUUAAUAGCAAUGCUAUGUGGUUUUGCAUCACUGUUGUAUUUCUGCAUUGAGUGCUUUUCUGUUAUUGGUUUAUACCAAACAAUCUACCAGUUUUGAGAAAAACACCAAGGAAACAGGUAAAAGAUAUAAUCUUUAAUCCACACUGCGCUUGCCGUAAGCACUGAGGCACAGUAGCUAGUUUAUACACAUCUAUACUUUUCCCCUCUACCUUCAUUUCAUUUCCCUUUUGUUUGUGUGAUAAUGCUAAUGUUUAUUGUUGAAGCAGAUACACCCAGUUUGCCGUUAUGCUUUCUGCUGUUAUUAUUAUCUCUUUUUUUUCCCAGUUUUUUUUUAAUGCGGAUCAUCACUGAUGGGAUUUGUACUGUAUGCUGCGUAAUUGUAACUAGACCUGAAACACACAUUUUCAGCACCUAAACCUGAAGCACCCAAGUUUAAUCAGUCAGCUUUCAAUUAUUCUGCCAUCUACAUUUUCUUUAAUACACUAGUGUCAUACUGUUAUGUACAUUUGCUUUUGUUUUUAUUUAUCUUUUUAUUGGUAUAAUGCUAACAAUCAAAACUAUCCACUUAAAAUAGAGACUUAAGAAAAGGAAUGUAAUUUCCCCGUCUCAUUUUUUGGUUAAUAAACAUGCUUCCUUAUAGAGAAACCUUUCUGCGGAUUAGAGAGAAGCUGUCGCCUAGUGGUUAAUGUACUGGAUAAGUGAUCAGAAGGUCGUCACCGUUGGGCCCUUGAGCAAGACCCUUAACCCUCAAUUGCUUAGAUUUUAUACUGUCACAACUGUAAGUCGCUUUGGAUAAAAGCAUCUGCGAAAUGCUGAAAAUGUGAAUUAGAGCAGAAUCACACCGUCAUUAUAGCUUCUGUAUUACACCCAGUUCUUUUUUUUCCUUCUCAUUUUCUUUGCACCACUGCACAUUAAACCAACAUCAACAAGUUUCCUUUAUGUAGUGUGACUUACUCUCUGCUUCACCUCUAUUAAUGGUAAUGUUUAUUGAUAGUGUUUAUACUGCACUCCUGCAGGAAGCACUAAAGCACCAUUUUCUUCUUUAAUUUUACUUGUGAUGCAGACUUAAGGUAAAACCACCCUGUUACUGUUUGCUUUCUAUUACUCAUCAGAUUUUUUUUCCAUCUUGGGUUUAUUCGUAAUACAAAUGAUACAUUUACAAUCCAUUCUGACCUCUUUCUAGUAGCAUUAAAGCCAAGUCACCCAGCUUUUUAAAACCA